AAAGCAAGGCUUAAAUUAAAAAAUAAGUUAUAUAAGUGAAUAAAAUCUAGAAGUAGAAAUCGAAAUAUUUGAAAAUUCAUUAUAAAUGAAAUUCAAUGAUUAUUCCCAUCUUUAAAAAUGUUUCAACAACAUUUUCGACGAUUUAAAAGCUUUAUAAGAGUACUCAUUAAAAAAAGAAAAUCUAAAAAAAAAAAGGAAUUUAAAGAAGAAACUAAAUCCCUAAUUAUCAAAAGAAGACUUUAAAAAUAUUUAAAUAUAGCCUAAAACAUUAGAUAAAAAAAAUAAUAAAUACAUGAGGAACCCGAUAGCCAAAUAAUUAAUCACAAUCAAAAAGUUGAUUAGGAUUUAUUAUUUAGUAUGGACUGUACAGAUUCAAUGCGAAAUUAUAUAAAUAUGUGCCGAACAGAACUAUAUUUAAUAAAUGAGAAUAUAAAAUAAUAAUUUAAAAAUUCUACACUUAGAAUCAGAUUUUUAGGCUUCCGUGAUUUUGAAGAUGAAAAUAAUUUGGAAAAUUACGAAUUUACAAAUGAAUAUGAUAAGCUAAAAAAUUUCAUAAAUAAAAUACAUGCAGUUGGUGGAUAAGAUAAAGCUGAAAAUAUUGCCGGUGCUUUUUAAUAAGCUUUAUAAUUAGAUUGUAAAAGUAAAUACAGAUACGCUGUUUUAAUAGCUGAUGCCUAUCCACAUGGAUAGAAAUACAGUAAACGAUAAAAUAAAGAUAGAAUAAUUAUUAGUCUAAAUCUGAAAAAAAAUAUAAUUUUUAACCGAUUAAAUAUAAGUUUUAUUUUAAACUAAAUGUACGAUAUUUUUCUCAAGUUAUUUUAAGAUAAACGGGAAAGAAUAUACAACUUUUAAAAUUAAAUUAUGAAGGUAGAGCAAUCGGAAAUAUCGAAAAAAAUACCUUCACAAAGGCUAUUUCGACUUCAGUCACUAAUACUAUCACUUAGACUUUAACUUUGAAAAACAUAAAAAGUUAAAAGGAUAUUUUUAACUCUAAAGUAAUGAAAAUUAUUAUUAAUAAUAGAAAAUUCGAAUCUAAACUUACAAAAACAGUCCAAAUUUCACAUGUAUCAAAUUAUAGUUUUUAAAGAAAUAACUCUGAUUCUGAUUUUUCAUAUAAUGAUAUUUACUCUUCUAAUUAUGAUAGUAAUAAAGAAGAUGAUGAUAUGAAUAAUAGUUUUGAUGAUAAUAAUAAUAAAAAUAAUAUGUAGUAAUAAAAUAACUUUAGCAAUAUAGAAGAAGUCAACUUUAAUAAAAAUUAAUUUUCAUUUAUAAAAAAUCUAGAAUUAAAGAAAAAAAUAGACAUCCCAGAUAAUAUUAUACAAGAACAAAUUUAAGAAGAGGAUAACGAAGAAAAUUCUGACGAAGAAAAAAUGAAAAAAAACAGAAUAAAACUUAGAAAAAAUCUAAAAACAAAUUUCUUUAAAAAAUGGAAUAUGCAAUAUAAAAGCAAGAAGAAUAAAAAUCGUUAAAUGGAAUAAACCCAUAUAUAUAAAAAAUAAAUGAAAAUUAAUAGACAAAAUCUUAUUAAUCUAUAUGUUAUAGUUUCCAUAUAGACGAUUCUCAAUAAAUCAAUUGGGAAUAACCUGCUUUAAUUUAAAAUGAAAUACAAACAGUGCUUACAGUUGAAAAAGAACAUUUUUCAGAAGGCGCAAUGAGAAACGCUUAUAAAGCCUCUGAUAGAGAUUUUAAUAUUGAUUUAGUAGCAAAAUUACAUAAAGAAUUUAAAAUGAAUAAAAAUUUUCAAUUUUUUAAAAGCGAAUUAACUGCCCUUAUUUUAGCUUCCUUUUUCUUAACUGAAUUUAAUUAAAGAAUUCU